AUGAGUCGCAAGAUUUUGUUCAUAGUAGCGGCUCUGCUGCUGGGCCAAGCCCAAGCUGUGCCUGACCCGUCGCCAGAGCCUAUCGUUCACGUUACUACUUCCGAUGCUGUUCACCCUGGCGAGCUGGCCAAUGUCUACCUGAAAUGGCGAGGUUAUCCACCUAAAGCUAUCAAAGCUGUUUACGACUCCUGCCUUGACUCCGAUGUGUCAAACCCAAAGGCAAUCAUCGGCCAUUAUACAAUCAAAUACCAACCUCCCCAGCGCUUAGCAUGGGCAGUCCCCAACGAUGCCGAUUCUGCAAACUGCAUUUUCUUAUACAGCGAGAAUCAGAAUGGGGAUUUGGGUCAAGUUAUCGGCAAAAGCAAACCUGUCCAUCUACAACGAAAGGUUCAAAAAAGAUCUACCGCUGAAAUGAACAUUCCUCUCCUGAAAGACUUUGACUCUCUUGGAACUUGGUUUGACGGAGUAUCUGCCAUCAAACAAAAAACCGAUAGCAAUGGGGGUGUUUCAUCUGCAGCCUCGUCCAAAAAUACUUCGAUCGCCAUUGUCGGUGGUGGAAUUUCUGGUCUUGCAACCGCUCUCAUGCUUGAAAGUGUCGGUCUUCAUAAUUGGGAAAUUAUCGAAGCUAGCGACCGGGUUGGAGGACGAUUUCGAACAAAAUACAUGGCCGACACUCAAGAAUGGGCGGAGAUGGGCCCAAUGCGACUCCCACAUUCCGUCACCUACAAAGAGGACAAUGAGACUCUCUUGUACACUGACCACCAACUCACCUUCCAGAUGGCCGAGGUUCUGAAUAAUAUGAACAAAAAUGAUUCUCGCUGGAAAAUUGACUUCAUUCCUUGGGUCCAGCAUCACCCCAAUGAGCUCAUUGCCCAAGGUACCCGUCGACACCCUGAUGGUCGUAUUCCAACGCGUGGGGAAAUCGAGGCCGAUCCAAAUUUGAAAAGUCCGCCAUCCAUGACCAGUUCGGAAUACGAAGAUACCCAAGGCAAGAUGGACGAUAUUUUGAAAAACGCGACAACUCUCAAAUCGAUUCAGAAGAAUGUAUGGCAAGCCCAUAAGAUUGCUAUGGAGGAAGGCUUGGAUGACUGGAGCGAACAGGCCAUGAUGCGCCAUGUCUUCAAAGCCAGCGAGAAUGUGACCGAUCAAAUCUUGACGGAUUCAGACUACGAUGUCUUCUGGGAUGAACUUCAUCACAACUCCAACCUCGGCUUGGAUGGCAGCCCUGGCUCCAUAGGCGAGACUCACUGGCUUUGCAUUGACGGAGGCUUCAGCCGACUUUCCGAGGCUUUCAUGCCCCAUGUCAAAAAUAGACUCGUUCUUAACCGAAAAAUUCGAAAGCUGGAGUCCGUUCGAGGUCCGAAUGGAACAACUCGCUCGCGGUUAUCUUGGUAUCCAAGUGUCACCAAUCGAACCUUUGAGUCAAAGGAAUACGACUACACAAUCAUGGCAGUGCCAUUCACUAUGACUCGCUUCAUGGAUUUACCGACAUUCUCGUCAGUACUGGGACGCGCAAUCAGCGAAGCCGGGGUUCGCUUCAAGUCCGCCUGCAAAGUUGCUCUGCUCUUUUCGGAGCGUUUCUGGGAGAAAGGUGAGCGGCCCAUUUUCGGCGGAUACUCGAAGCCGCCCAGCGAUCCGAUCGGUGCACUUUACUAUCCUGUCUACGGUUUGAACGAAUCACGCCCCGGUCUCAUUAUGCACUACCGUGGAGGAGAUUGGAGCGAUCGCUUCGUCAGUUUCUCGGACGAGGAACAUGUUCAAACCGUACUGGACUCGAUCGUUUCACUGCAUGGUGAACAUGCUAGAGAUCUUUAUACCGGUGACUUCGAGCGUCUCUGCUGGCUUCAAGAUGAACACACUGCGACUGCCUGGUGUAGACCUGAUAUCGAACAGCAUAAGCUCUAUAUCCCGGCCUAUCAUAAGACGGAGCAUAACACAAUCUUUAUCGGAGAACAUACGGCCCCGACCCAUGCCUGGGUGAGUUCUUCAUUGCACUCGUCUAUCCGUGGAUCUGUCCAAUUGCUUUUGGAGUUGGGGCUGGUGGAUGAGGCCAAGGAACUGAACAAGAAGUGGAUGGGUCGCUGGAUCAAACUAUGA